AUGGCAGAUUCAACAGACUUAUCACCUGCUAUUCUGAAGCAACUCAGUCAGAAUUACAAUAUCACUGUGACACCCAAAAGGAAAGAUGACAAACAAGAGAAAAGGAAAGUUGGAAAUGCUUGUAAACUGGCAGUAAGGGAGGUCUACAAAGCAAUUCAAAAAGUGGACAAUUCCUUUGGAUUCCAGUUUGGAAAGGAUAAAGGAUAUAAGGACCCUGUUAAUGAAGCAGUGACAACUAGGUUGGUUAAUGCAGUAAUUGUCAGUGAGGGAGGAGUUGAGAAGUGUCCAUGGCCAUUGAGAGAGCUAGAGGGUGCUAGCAAGAUAUAUUACAUAUCUCUUAGAGACUCAGCAAGGAGAAAAGAAUCUGGAAAGGACAAAGAUCAUGCGGACAGAAGUAGAAGGCAAAGCAGGAGACGCGAAAGAGCAGGCAGACUCAAGCAGUCGCUGAAGACAGCAAAAGACGACAAGCUGGAAGGACUGGAUAAGAAGAAACUUGCCAGUGUACUUAGCCCAGAGUACAUGUCGUCGGAGGAGUCGGACGUUGACAGUGAAGGUGUCUUUGUUUCUUUCAAAGUCAGGCGCCUCCCAUGGCAGACAGAGGCAUUCAAAAAAGUGAAGGACAAUUUAGAGGAGGCCCACAAAUCCAAACUCUCUCCUCAACACUUACGACAGGUAAAGAAGAGACGAGUGGUGGAAUUGCCCUCCAUGAGGCCUGCACCGCAAGGCUGCCCUGGCUUUAUUCUGAGGGAGGAGGAGGAACGUUGAAAGCCAUAUGACAGAAUUAUUAAUUCGAGUGUGCAAAUUAAUUGAAUUUUUUUCAAAAGGUUAAAAUAAUUUUUUUUUUGAUAGUCUAGCAUGCUUUUGGAGUAGAAAUCAAGAUUUCUUGAUGUACUAUCUUGUCAUAGUGCUACUCCAAAACAUGAAUAAUUCAACUUAUUUUUGUACUGUUAUUUAAUUGUUUUUUUAUCUAUUAUUAUUUUAUUAACAGUGUUUCACAAAAUAUCAAAGUUAAUCAUUGAACAUUUGUUAUUAUUUAAGGAAAUAAGUGAAAUAAAUACAUUUGCCCUGUUUAAAAUUUAGCAUGAUAAGAUGUGUUGUUUUUCGUCUUCAGUGUAGUGAUAGUUAUGUUUUUAUCUUAUUUAUUUCAAUAUUUAUUUUAUUUAUUUAAACUUGUU